GGGCCUCCCAGCCCGUAUUCCACUCACUUUGUUCUCCGCCUUUGUCCUAAUCCACACCAGCAGGUGGAGCCGCAGUUAAAGUUUCCGAGUCCAUUCCGGGAGCGGGAGCCUAUCUUGUUUGCCGCCGAGGCCCUCGCUGGAGGAGGAGGGUCAGAGCUCGGGUGCAGCCAAUCGCGGGCAACGCUGCUAGUUAUCAGAGCAGAAUGGGCUGUAGUUUAGUGAAAUAGGAAAGCUGCAAAACACUGUGGAGUGCUCCCGUGUAAAUAAAAAGAGGAAAAAAAAGUUUCUCAAGUCGCCGCUGCACGACGUCGGGCCGGUGCCGGGGCGGGGGUCUGCGCUCUUCCGAGCGGCCGCGCGCUGGACUUUAUUGUGCCGCAACAAGCCCCCGUCCCCAUUGUUUGUGUUUUUUUCAAAAUAUGGCAAAGGUUCAGGUGAACAAUGUAGUGGUGCUGGAUAACCCUUCUCCUUUCUACAACCCGUUCCAGUUCGAGAUCACCUUCGAGUGCAUCGAGGACCUGUCUGAAGACUUGGAAUGGAAAAUUAUCUAUGUGGGCUCUGCAGAAAGUGAAGAAUAUGAUCAAGUUUUAGACUCUGUUUUAGUGGGUCCUGUUCCUGCAGGAAGGCAUAUGUUUGUAUUUCAGGCUGAUGCACCUAAUCCAGGACUCAUUCCAGAUGCAGAUGCCGUAGGUGUAACAGUUGUGCUAAUUACUUGUACCUAUCGAGGUCAAGAAUUUAUUAGAGUUGGCUAUUAUGUAAAUAAUGAAUACACUGAGACAGAAUUAAGGGAAAAUCCACCAGUAAAACCAGACUUUUCUAAGCUUCAAAGGAAUAUUUUGGCAUCUAAUCCCAGGGUCACAAGAUUCCACAUUAACUGGGAAGAUAACACAGAAAAACUGGAAGAUGCAGAGAGCAGUAAUCCAAAUCUACAGUCACUUCUUUCAACAGAUGCAUUACCUUCAGCAUCAAAGGGAUGGUCCACGUCAGAAAACUCACUAAAUGUCAUGUUAGAAUCCCACAUGGACUGCAUGUGACCACCUGCCAUCCCUUUAGUACAGAUUAAGCUAUUAAAAACAGAACUAUUUCCCUGAAAUUCCGUAAGUACAUAGUCAAGACACAAUGUGAAGAAUUUGUUUAAAAACAUCCUGUAGAAAGUUUAUAAGAAAACCAGUAUUUGAGCAAAUUGUGGAAUAUAAAUACAACUAUUUUUAAGUAAUUUUUUUUCUCUAAUGUGUUAUUUUAUUUGUUCUGAAACUAAUCUGAUUAAAGCAUAUAUAUUAUUUUCUUCUCCUUUAUAUGUAAUUAAAGCACUUAUAAAAAGGAAAAUAUGAAUCAUCAAACCAGAUUGUGAAGAUGUCUUAGCCUCUUGGACAAUAAUCUUGGGACCACUAUUUUACUGGCCUUUGAAAGAACAAAGUUGACUUUCAACUAAAUGUUUCUUCCUGUGAAGACAAAGUGUGGUUUUAAUUUAAGAGGCAAAUUUCCACUGGUUAACAAAAAGGAGUCCUUAAAAGGGGAAUUUGAAGUCAACUAAAAACUACCAAGAACUUUAGGUUUCAGUUUUUCCAGGCCACCAUAACAUCUUGUAGCUGCUAUUAUAGUUCAUGUAAUAUUGGACAGUAGUUGGUUUGGUUUCUAAAAUAAUAACAAAUGUGGCUAAUUGUUUAUAAGGUCCUCUGGCUAUGGUUUUGGUUUUAUAACAGGACAACAAAACACAUGAACUAUAACUCAUUUUUGAACAGUGAUUUCGACAUAUCAAGAGCAUAUAAACUCCCUAAGUUUAAGAACAUGAGAUUAUAAUAGCUCAAAUAUGCUUAUUAGAUUUAUAAAAGUACUAUGAACUUUAAAAAUUCUUUUGAUAGAUCAUCUGUUGUUGGCACUAUUUAUAUAAAAACAGUGGAUUUAGAAAGGUAUAUUUAGCUUUAUCAUAACAGAUUAGUUACUAUUUUGGAAAUAUCUAUAUUUUCACAUCUAUACUACCAUGUCCUCUGACAACUCGAGAAGAAUAGGAUCAGGCAUAUUUGUAGUUGACACAUUCUAGAUAGCUUUUCCAGAUAACAGGUUUUUGAAAAGCAAUAAUGGAAAGGAAUUUAUUAACUAAAUGGGUCAAAAGGUUAUUUUUCUUUGAUGACAUCUAGGUACUUCAAAAAGUCUCUAUACUCCAUUAAAUUAAAGGUAGAAUAGUUUCAUUUGACUCUUGCUGCUAAGCAAGGUAGCCAUAUGAUUACAGCUUAUGCAGUGCCUUCAUAUCUAAAACUUUUAUACUGCACUUUUCAAAGCUUUUAUUUUGAGGAAAGGAAAAAGCAUUUGUCUAAAUACAGACUCUUAAGUUGUAUAUAUUUCAUGUCAUUCUAAAAAAGUGAAUUUGUGAAGCAAAAGUUUUGCUAAAUAUUAAACUUUGGAAUUUAAUAUGACAGAUUAUUAGAAUAUUAUCCAUUAACUAGUUCAUAGAUUUUAAAAGCAAAAUGCCUCCGACUGUUAAAACUAUAUGAAGAAAAUAUCAUCUUUGUCUAACUGAAAUUAAAAGAAAAUGUUAAGGUAUUAAAAUGAAAAUAAAAGUAAUACUUUCCAACAAAGAGCUCAGUGAUUAAUCUAGUAGGAAUAAGAUAUGUUCUCAUUAGAAAUAAAACAUAUAAACUAAAUCACCAAAUAAUACAAUCCACCGCUGACUUUUUAUUCUAAUUAAAAGAUCACUUUGUAGUGACAUCAAAGAGUUAGGUUUUUAUAUCAAUUUGGAAAUUGACAGCUAAUUUUCACACAAAUUUCGGACUUAAAAACAAUUACCUUUUAUUACAUUAAGUUUUAUGGCUUUGUUAAGUUAGUUUUAAAAAAAAUGAAUGACUGAAAAUCGAUUUGGAAUUCAAAUAUUAAUAACAGAGCUAGUGUAUAGGCUUUUUUCUCCAUGGUAGCCUCAUUUAUAGACACUAUAUCUGAAUUUAGCUGGCAGGCUUAGAAUUGUUUUUCCCGCCUUUUGAUCAUGAAGAAUAUAAAUGUGAACAAAUCACCUAACGGCACUGUAGAGAUAAGCUGAGUAAGUUAGAGGAAAUCGGGGUAUCAUUUGAGCUGAGAACACAAUCCAGGAAUCUGAGGAAGCAUAUGUGCAUUUGUCCUUUAUAACCUUUAGAUUUCUAUAUGGUCUUACCCUGUGGUUUUAGGAUUUUGGAUUUCUAGUUUUAUCAAAAGUCUGACAGCAGUUUUCAAAUUUUUUUACCAUGAUCCAAAAAAAAAAAAAAAA